ACUGCCCAGUAGUAGUCCUCUCUUGUCAUUCCCGCCCCUACUCUCUUUCGAUCGAAUUCUAGGGUUUUGCGACUCAUUUGCCUGGCUAGGGUUUCAGAUCCAUUUCUCUCGCGCACGUCUAGGUUUCAAUCUGUCGACUUCCGAUCCGCUCAUCAAUGGCGUCUCUGGCAGUGCAAGCACCACGCGCAGGCCCGUCCAAGACAGAGAGCUACGUCGACAACAAGCGCAAGGAAGACAUCCGGCAGGCCAAUAUCGUCGCGGCCCGAGCAGUGGCCGACGCCGUCAGGACAAGCCUCGGUCCCAAGGGCAUGGACAAGAUGAUAUCCACCGCCUCCGGUGAGGUUAUAAUCACCAACGACGGCGCCACCAUCCUCAACAAAAUGGAAGUGCUCCAGCCGGCCGCCAAGAUGCUCGUCGAGCUGUCUAAGUCUCAGGAUAUUGUUGCCGGUGACGGCACCACCACCGUUGUCGUAAUCGCCGGAGCUUUCCUCAAGCAGUGCCUUUCUCUCCUCACCGCCGGCAUUCAUCCAACCAUCAUUUCCGACUCGCUUCACAAGGUCUCGCUUAAGUCUGUCGAUGUCCUCACCGCCAUGGCUGUCCCGGUCGAGCUCUCCGACCGCGAUUCGCUUAUCAAGUCCGCCAGCACUUCGCUUAACAGCAAGGUAGUCAGCCAGUACUCCACGCUCCUCGCGCCGCUUGCCGUUGAUGCCGUUCUAUUCGUUGUGGAUCCUGCAAAACCCGAUCUCGUCGAUCUGCGUGACGUCAAGAUUGUGAAGAAGCUCGGUGGGACUGUGGAUGACACUGAGCUCAUCAGGGGAUUGGUUUUUGACAAGAAGGUAAGUCACACUGCUGGUGGACCUACUCGUAUGGAAAAUGCCAAAAUUGCUGUCAUCCAAUUCCAAAUUUCUCCCCCUAAGACUGAUAUUGAACAAUCUAUUGUUGUUUCGGAUUAUUCCCAAAUGGAUCGGAUCUUGAAAGAGGAGAGAAAUUAUAUACUUGGCAUGAUUAAGAAGAUCAAGGCUACUGGGUGUAAUGUGUUGUUGAUUCAGAAAAGCAUUCUGAGGGAUGCUGUAACUGAUUUAUCGUUGCAUUAUCUUGCUAAGGCAAAGAUAAUGGUGAUUAAGGACGUUGAGCGUGAUGACAUUGAGUUCAUUACAAAGACUCUUAACUGCUUGCCUAUUGCUAACGUUGAGCAUUUCCGUGCUGAGAAAUUGGGUUAUGCUGAUCUGGUUGAGGAGGUUUCACUUGGAGAUGGGAAGAUAGUGAAGAUUACUGGGAUCAAGGAAAUGGGUCGAACCACAACUGUGCUUGUCAGAGGGUCAAAUCAGCUGGUCCUUGACGAGGCAGAAAGGAGCUUGCAUGAUGCUUUGUGUGUUGUAAGGUGUUUAGUGAACAAGAGGUUUCUGAUUGCUGGUGGCGGUGCUCCAGAGAUAGAGCUCUCUAGGCAGUUGGGUGCAUGGGCUAAGGUAUUGCAGGGUAUGGAGAGUUACUGUGUGAGGUCAUUUUCGGAGGCACUUGAAGUUAUUCCCUAUACGUUGGCCGAGAAUGCAGGUUUGAAUCCAAUUACUAUUGUAACUGAGCUUAGGAAUCGCCAUGCCCAGGGUGAGAUCAAUGCUGGAAUCAAUGUGAGGAAGGGGCAGAUCACUAACAUCUUGGAAGAAAAUGUGGUGCAGCCACUGCUAGUAAGCACUAGUGCAAUCACACUGGCAACAGAAUGUGUGAGGAUGAUUUUGAAGAUUGAUGACAUUGUUACAGUAAGGUAGAUUGAGGAGAAUUGUCAGGGUUGGAAGGAAAAACUUUUUCUCAUAUUAUCUUUUGGUGUCUGUGUGGUUUUAUUUGAGUUGUUUUCUCUUUCUGGUGUUGUUUAUGUCUAAUGAACCUUCCUGCAUUUGUUAAAGCCGAUUUUCCUUUGCCA